AUGAGCAGGAGAUCGCGGCCUAAGAGGAUAAAACCUGACGCUGAUACUAAUGGAAUAGAAAUAAAACUAGAUGAAAUGGAACACGCUAGCAUGGGUAAUGCGGUGGAAUUUCAAACUUCGUCAGAGUCAAGACCUAAAGUGAAAGCAAAGAGAAGAUAUACCAAAAGUGGGAGGUUUUCUGCUACUGCUCCAGGUGCGCGUGGCAAUGCUCAGAAUGCGGAGGGAGAAGCACAAGCGGAAAAUCAAGUUGCUCUCACAUCUGCUCAGGCUCAGACAAAUUAUGAUGAGUUUGUUAGGUCGUUUUCGGCACCGUCGUAUCUCUAUCGCUAUCUCGCAAAAUACCACAAAUAUUCCCCCAUCUAUCUCGUCAGAAAUUUGGGCUAUAUGCACAAAUCAGAUCGACAGAGAAUUCCUAGGGAAAGGAGAUCAUUAGAGGCAGUCGUGGACGGUCUUAGAUCAUCGAUUACUCCUAGGUCAAAAAGAAGUUCGCGAUCGAGCGUGAGCCAUUCUACAGUGGACUUGAACUGGCCAAAUGAGAUCGAAAUAGACUUUGAUCUCUUUAAAGAUAGUGAACUUGAAUCCGAGUGGGUUACGGUUGAGGCAAACGUCGAUGUUCUGGCCCGAUUUUCUUGGAAAUGGCGCCGCAAGUUCCGUCCAAUGGACUCGCUUGUGCUUGUCUCCCGUGGCACUCCCUGUUCCUGCAAUGGAAACCCACUUGUAGACUCGACAAUGAGCAACACGGUUCGAUUUCGUCUGGCGGACAUUAUCCGAGUGGCGGCUCGCAUUACCGAACCAGUGAGUGACGAAAUGCUCAUCGAUGAAAUCUGUCCACGCAUCAGCUCCGCUCAAAUCGAGCUCCAGGUCAACGUGUUUGAACGCCGCCGUGCCAAGUAUGUCAAUGAGAAUGAGGCCACCGGAACACUUGCUCAAACAUCCUACUCCGUCACGUACUCCUCGGCAACUAUUCCGCUCUUUUUCUCUCCUACCUCAAUCAAUGCUCUGGCCUCAUCUUUCCUUCUUACACCGGGGAAGUACGAAUUUCGUUUGGGUAUCCAAGCAUCGGGGAUUAGUUUCCCACCAGAUCUACCUGAUCCUCCCGUUGAACUGCCCUCUCGAACCGUAAUGGUACUGGAGGGUGGUAGACCCACCUCUCCUAAUGGUGACCAUCGGCUGGCAUUUGUGCCUAAUUCAUCGACUAUCGCUUCUCGGUUGAAGAACCACGCUUGCACUUCAAGGGAGCAAUACGCAGAGUGGCCUCACUUGAUUUUUCGUGUUGGUUGGGGUUCAAUCAUACCCUCGCCCUUUGGUACUGCAAUCACACCUCAAACAAAAGCUCCGCGUGGAUCUCAGAAGCGACGGCAUUCUCAGUCGGAGCAGACUACGACGAGGUCUCAAGGUGACGAGAGAAAUGGCACUGAAGUCUCAAAUAUUAAUGGAGUGGACUCCUCCAAGGCGGAAGACAUUGAGAUCAUCUACGAAUUCUUCUUCUGCGCCGAUGACAAACAGGCAAUGCAACUUGGAAGGAGUUGUGGUUUCACUUGUCCUUGGUGCUACUUGGAUUGUAGUCGAGGAGAUCACCCAAGCUGUCUUCUUGCUCAUUUGCGCUCUUGCCACCCACGAUUUCGUUUCCGUGCAAUUCAGUCACCCAAGAAGCUUCUUCUUCAAAUAUACCUUGAGGAGGCGUAUGACGGUUCCAAUGAAUCCAUCCCACAUCCAAUCCCUCGUUCCUAUCGUCCAAAGGCUAAUUCUCCCACAGAAAAUGGUGUUGAUAUUUCACUGCCUGUUACGUCUGCUUCGAGAAACCCGUACCACUUUCCACUUGUCGGUGGUUGGACAGGAUACAGUGGCGAUCCUGAGAAUAAUCUCCGAUUUGCUCGUAAACUCGCCACUUCCAGGUUUCUCCAUAGUCGCCGAUCUCCCCUUAAAAGGACUCCGUUUACUCAUCUUAUCUACUGGCGAGCCAUAGAGAACAUCUCAUCUCUCACGAAAAAGAACAAGAUGCUUUCAAUGGCCCUGGCAAAGGAAACAAUAUCAGCACUAAAAGAGGACGCGACCAAGAUGGUCAAGCACCGACGCAAAUUCUACCACUCCUCGACUCUUCAACAGAUCACUGCUGGAGAUACUUAUGACUCGGAGGCAGAGGAGUCGGCCAAGUGGCUACGCGAUCAAUACCAACGAAGAGUGCAAGAGAUAACAGACGUGAACAAGGGUGAGAAGGAGUUGAUGCAGAUUUGGAAUGCUUACAUUCUUUCUGUGAGACCGAGGGACAUUGUAGUGGCGGACUGCAAUAUCGAUCAACUCCUAAUGGGAUUUGUUAAGAGCUAUGGAGUUCGUAUGAAUAUUCAAAAUCUGAGAAAUUCUUUCAUUCUUCACCUGACGAAUCUUUACGACUAUGGCAUCCUCUCCCCAACCUCUAUGCAUCGAUUUAUUCUGGCGUUUGACGCUGCGAAACCUGCUUAUACCACGUGA